UGCAAUAAUGCAAACCAAUCACAGCAGCCCAAAAGCCUAUGCAACGACGAAAUCAGCCCCGCUCCAAAUCGAUUGCUCGGUAGGAAAAAAACGAACCAACACUGCUAGUCUCACCUCCAUGCCAGUGAGAGUGAGUGACCCCAAGCAGGCAAACGCAACACCACCUAGCCUCUUCUUCCUCAUCUCAGUCUCAGAUCCAGCCCAAGAAACCCGACGAAUCCAGCCAUGUGCUGCAGCGACUGCGGCUGCUACGACAGCUGCUGCGACUGUUUCUGCCCGUGCCUCUCCUCCGAGACGCGGGAGACCAUCCUCUGCUGCGCGGUGUGCUUCGCCGUGGUCGCGGGCGUCGUGCUCUUCGCCGUGCUCCUGGCCGCCUACGGCUUCGUCCGCCACGCCGAGGUCAGCGUCCCGGAGGCCUCCCUCACGCGGCUCACGCUGCUGGACAACACCUCCCAGGCCACGGCGUUCGCCUACAACAUCUCCCUCACGCUCAACAUCCGCAACAAGAACUGGGCCAUGGCCGCCAAGAACACGAAGCCGCUCGACGCCGAAUACAACUUCGACGGGCAGCGGUUCGAGCGGGCGAGGCUGGCCGCGGAAGGGGAGAAGCACCCGCCGGGGAAGACCCGGGUCUACCACCUGGCCUCCGGCGCCGACAACGCCUACGUGGCGCUGGGCAACGCCGGGGUCGCCGAGUUCAGGAAGCAGAACGCGACGGGGGUGUUCGAGGUGGAGGUCGUGGUGUCCGGGGAGGUCAAGUACACGGCGAGAUACACCAAGUGCAAGUUCGAGGCCAAGUGCCCGCUCAAGCUGCAGCUCGCGCCGCCCGGCACGCCGGCCGUCGUCUUCCAGGCCGUCAAGUGCAAGCUCACGAAGCCCGAGAAGAACUGCUAGUACGGACUACGGACUACUAGGAGUUUCUUCAUCGUUUUGGCUAGUGAUUCUUUUUUCUUUGGGGAUUUGUAGUUCGAUUCGCUGAAACUAACUGCCCAUUUGGCUGAUUGUUGGUGGAAACGAGGGGAAUUUGUUUGCUUCAAUUCCUGUUUGUCUGUCUCCUUUUGUGUGCUCUUUUCCGCUGAAACUAUGGACUGGAUUCCGGAUUUGCUUU